AUUGGGGGGGGAGAAAAAGGGCCGGGCCGCGCAUGCGCACUGAGAGGCCCGGCGGUGGCGGCGGUGGCGGCGGCGGCGGCGGCGGCGGCAGCUGUGAGGGGGUUCCCGGAAGAUGGUGCUGAUUAAGGAAUUUCGUGUGGUUUUGCCGUGUUCUGUUCAGGAGUAUCAGGUUGGACAGCUUUACUCUGUUGCAGAAGCGAGUAAGAAUGAAACUGGUGGUGGAGAAGGAAUCGAAGUCUUGAAGAACGAACCUUAUGAGAAGGAUGGAGAGAAGGGACAGUACACCCACAAAAUUUACCACCUGAAGAGCAAAGUUCCUGCAUUUGUAAGGAUGAUUGCUCCUGAGGGCUCCUUGGUGUUUCACGAGAAAGCCUGGAAUGCUUACCCCUACUGUAGAACAAGUAAGCUGAAUGAAUAUAUGAAAGAUGACUUCUUCAUCAAAAUCGAAACAUGGCACAAACCUGACUUAGGAACAUUAGAGAAUGUUCAUGGCUUAGAUCCAAACACGUGGAAAACUGUUGAAAUUGUACACAUAGACAUUGCAGACAGAAGUCAAGUCGAACCAGCAGACUACAAACCUGAUGAAGAUCCUGCAUUAUUCCAUUCAGUCAAGACCAACAGAGGCCCCCUGGGACCUAACUGGAAGAAGGAGCUGGCAAAUACCCACGACUGUCCUAGGAUGUGUGCCUAUAAGCUGGUGACCAUCAAGUUCAAGUGGUGGGGGCUGCAGAGCAAAGUGGAGAACUUCAUUCAGAAGCAAGAAAAGCGGAUAUUUACAAACUUACAUCGCCAGCUCUUUUGUUGGAUUGACAAGUGGAUUGACCUGACAAUGGAAGACAUUAGGAGAAUGGAAGAUGAGACUCAGAAAGAGCUAGAAACAAUGCGUAAGAAGGGUUCCGUCCGAGGCACGUCGGCCGCCGAUGCCUAGAUGAGUCCCCUGUAGGUCAGAGACAUUUUCAAACUGUCUACGGAGUCAAGGCCAAGUGAGGGGAACAAGUGCAGCCUGUGACGAGUGAAGAUAGGACCAGUGUCUCUCAGUGUGACGUCUCCAGUGUGUGCCUGUGAUGACUCAGGUGCACUCUCACACGCACACACACACCCGUGUGUAUAUGUGUGCAUAUCUGUAGCUGUAUGUAAAGCACAUAUGGCUACAGGCCUAGAUACACACACAAGUAUAUAUAUGUACAUGCAAAACAUUGAAGGGAUCAGUACAGUUUCUCCAAAGUACUGUACUUGUCUUCAGCAAAAAUACUAAAGAAAAUAUUUUCCAUAUAUAUUACCUGGAACAGAUUUUAAUAAUCAUCAUCCUGAUGCCCUUGGUGGAUAAAUGGACUGCCGUGUGGUGCCGGCUGGCAUGCUUCAUGAAUGCCAGGUGUGGACCAGUGUGUGUAGCCUUUGGUUAUGUUUCUGGUUUUGUUUUUUUUGUUUGUUUCGUUUGUUUUGUUUUUUUUAAUUUUUCAAGUCACCCCACAUACUUUUUUUGUUUUCAUCCCAUCAGCAACAGACUCCUACAGAAAGAUGUCUUCAAAUUUUUAGAUACUCCAGUGACUCUGGAAAGUAAACUCUGGAUGUAUUUAUAACUAUUUAUUUCUGGGUAGCCACUAUCUUCCAGCCAAAUCCAACAAUAUCUGUCAAGUAAGGAGUAAGAUUAAGCUCUUUGCUAGUUUGCCCCAGGGGUGGGGAAAUCCUUUUUUUAAAAUUGCCACUUUUUAUUGGAUUUUUGUAUUUUGAAUUUCAAGUAUUUUUCUACAUCAAAUCUAGCAAAAAAAAAAAAAAAAAAAAAAAAAAGUGAUGACGGUUUGUGAUUUAUAAUAAACACUAGACAAGAUUCA